AAAUGUUGCCGUUUAAAGACGGGAUUUGGAGGCGGAACCCGGUGUGGGAGGAAAAGCCUUCAGCCGUGCAGCUAGUCAUUGUAGGGACCUGAGCUAGCAUAACGGUGUUCCCGUGCACUUACAGACUGUAGGUCAUGAAUCAGUGUGUUUAUCCUCCGUGUCACACACACACACACACACACACUCUCUCUUCCUUGGUUACAGGUUGCCUACACACACACACCUCAUCCCCACCUGUUGAUACACACACGGCCCAUUGGUGCUGGAAGUCCAUGUUGGCCGCUUUUUCUCUCAGGGGAAAGUACCUAAUGCACGCUAAACCGUCGCCAGGUGACGUCAUAUAUCUGCGAAUUUGUCGUCAUGAUCGAAACGUGCUAUUGGUUUUCUGAAGAUGCAUGGAACACCUGGAGGUUUGCUGUAAUAGAAGGGAAGAACUUUAAGCGAUUAUAAGCAGUGCGAAUUUUCCAGCCCAGCUUGCAACCAUGUUGGAAGAGGAUAUGGAGGUGGCCAUCAAGGUGGUGGUCGUGGGAAACGGUGCCGUUGGCAAGUCGAGCAUGAUCCAGAGAUACUGCAAGGGCAUCUUCACCAAGGACUACAAGAAGACCAUCGGCGUCGACUUCUUGGAAAGGCAAAUAGUAGUAAACGACGAGGACGUGCGGUUGAUGCUGUGGGACACGGCGGGUCAGGAGGAGUUCGAUGCGAUCACUAAGGCGUAUUAUCGAGGUGCCCAGGCCUGCGUACUCGUCUUCUCCACUACAGACCGAGAGUCAUUCGAAGCUAUUAGCAGCUGGAGAGAGAAAGUGGAGAUGGAAGUUGGAGACAUUCCCACCGUCCUGGUGCAGAACAAAAUUGAUCUUCUGGACGACACGGUGAUAAAAAACGAGGAAGCGGAGGGUCUUGCUAAGAAGCUCAAGUUGAGAUUUUAUCGCGCCUCUGUGAAGGAGGAUCUCAAUGUCAGUGAAGUUUUUAAAUACCUAGCGGAGAAAUACCUGCAGCGACUGAAGCAGCAGACGGCCGACGAUCCCGAAGUCGUUCACACGUCGAGCAAUAAAAUUGGCGUAUUCAACACUAGCAGUGGCAACCACCCGAACCAGAACUCGGGCGAUCUCAACUACCGUGAGGUCAUCAACCUACGACCGAACAAGCAGAGAACCAAGAAGAAUAAAAUCCCCUUCGGUAGCUGCAGACUCCUCUAGAACGUCUCCUCUGGCGCGUUAAGCCUUGUUUGCAUUGCGGGGUCCUGGGUGAUGCGCAUCGUUUUCGACACUAACCAGAGUCUGUGAAAAGCCUCGUCUCAGUGUAAAGCCUUUAGGUGCAGACGGAGGUGGGGUUUAAACUGAGCCCGUUUUUUUUUUUUUUUUUCUCCACACAUUGUGGUUUCCGUUACGUGUCUCAGAUGCGUCUCUUGUCAUUGUCAAGUAAGGUGUUGGAUGUAUUGUAAUGCUGGAACUGUGGGAAUGUGUGUUCCCUAAGGGUUUGCGACGCUCCGGUACGUACGCUUCGACCGGGCCUUUGGUAUGGAUGAUGAGGAGGAAGAUGAUGAAGCCAAAUGGCUAGCUUAAUCAAAUCUAAACUUUUUUUCUAACAAAAGUCUCUAAAAUGUCCCUUUUUGCUUUUCUUACAAUAACUUUCAUUCUGACCCCUUAAAUUGAAUUACAAACUUAUUUUUUUUUUAUUUUUUAUAUUUCGAAUAGAAAGAACGAAUUUGAAGUAGCGACGUCAGUAAUACAGGAAGUACGAUUGUGUGUCGCUUCAUACGGAGUAGAGCAGGGUAACUAAUGCACACGAACACUAACAAGAAUUCUUAUAACGUUUAUUUUUACUCUAACCUUUUGUGCAUUGGACUAUUUUCUGUCGUGUGUGUGUGUGUGUGUGUGUGUGUGUGUGUGUGUGUGUGUGGAGGUAUAUGAUUUCGUAAUGCAGUUUUCCUUCCAUAAAAAUGAUUAUAAAUCCGUAACAGUUAAUAAAAAGAAAAGGUAUUUUUGUAAACGAACAACGUCGUCUCGAAACCUCGGCUUUAACACAGUGCCAAAAAAAAAGAAGUUUUUCAAACUCUAUGUACUUGUAAGAAAUGUAAAUAUUGUUAGUACGAUUUUAACUCCAGAGAACGUGACCACGCCCGGUCGAAUAUAUUUUAGCGCGAUCGGAUUAAAACCUCCUGGAAGAUGGACGUGCCGCUUGUCACGGCCGACACUAGAGUUCUCGAACGCACAGGAAGCACAGGAUCUGAGCAGACUGUAAGACUGUAGUUCUGCUGCUUGUAAACACAGGAACCUCCUGUAGAUCUUCUGUUAAAACCUCAUUCCAGUUGCUCUUUAUGGCGACUUGAUAUGCAGUCUUGAAUACACUCCCACUCCUGGUUUUCCCCAGUACAUAUGUAAAUAUUAAAUCAUGCAACCAUGUCGAAGAAGGACAAGGUCAAGAGCUUCACUUCAUGUUCACAUUUGAGUGUAGUCCAGUGAGCAUCAGUGGUGUAGAAGAGUAGAAUGGUCAGCAGGUUUGAGCUCACAGGAAGGCUACAGUAAACACUUCUUACACCUGCAGUGAGCAGAAAAGUAUUUCAGAAUGCAUGACAUGUUGAUGGUCGGUAACAGGAGGCCACGUCGGGUUCCUCUCUAUUAGCGGCACAGAACUGAUGACUCCAGUGAUUUCUCGAGUGACACCCGGAUGCUUGGAUCAGUAUCUGCUGGUUAUGCAUUGCACUGCUGAUGCACCGGAUUGGUAAAUGUUCCUAUUAAAGUGGAUAAUGAGAUGUUAUCUAAGACACUAAUUUCAAGAUUUCCAGUGUAAAAAAUGGCUGCUCCCUUAGCUGCACUUCGGAGAGCAAAGGUUCUAAACAAUCUGCCACCUUAAGACGUAGGAACAAUCGCAACGAGCUUCUUUGUGCAAUUCCAGGCCCAAAAUGGAUGUCUUACCGUGAUUUUUGUCGAGAAACAGUCCUGUCCUUUCACACACCUAAACUCCACCCCAACGUCCCUUCAGACACCCAAAUGUCCUUUCCGACGUCCCUUCAGUCACCCAAACGUCCUUUCAGACACCCAAACGUCCUUUCAGACGUCCUUUCAGACACCCAAACGUCCUUUCAGACGUCCUUUCAGACACCCGAACGUCCUUUCAGACGUCCUUUUAGACUCCCGAACGUUUUUUUAAACGUCCUUUCAGACACCCAAACAUUCUUUCAAACGCCCUUUCAAACGCCCUUUCAGACGUCCUUUCAGACUCCCCAACGUCCUUUCAGACACCCAAACAUCCUUUCAGACAUCCUUUCAGACACCCAAACGUUCUUUCAAACGCCCUUUCAGACUCCCGAACGUCCUUUCAGACACCCGAAUGCCCUUCAAGACAACCAAACUUUCUUUCAAACAUCCUUUCAGAUGCCCAAAGACAAACAUCAAAUUUCUGUGUUUUCUGUAGAUUCCUAUAAGUUUCCCAUCAUUUCACUAAUACUGAAAUGAAACUUAUUGAAACUAAGGCCACGUAAUUCAGGUUUCCCAAAAAGAACAAAACUUGUGCACCAGUUUGACAUCCAUCUUGUCCUUUUUCUGAAUUUGGACAUGCUCAUGGUCUUGUUUAAGUCAGAUUUUGGAGCCAUUUCUGGACUUGUUUAUACAGUAGAUGUUUGUAUCCAAAGUCAUGAAUGAAAGAAUGAGAUGGAAUGCAACUGAAUUGAAUUGAGGUUUGCAGAAGCUUUUGCACUCUUCUGUGUUCUAGGGGCUUUUUUCUCUCUCUCUUCAAACUACAGUGAUUACUGCAAGACAUCAUAUUUGUUUGUAAUCUUGAUUGUAUCUUUAUCAGUCUCUAAGGUAAUAAAGAAAUCGUCCAUUUCAGCUCAGCGAACCUGGAAACAUGUCAAACACUCGAUCGCUCAGGCUUUUUCAGCCUUUUUAUUAUUAAUAUUCCGUCUCUCUCUUUUUUUUUUUUUUUUUACAUUUAUGCACAACAUGCAUGCCUUACAUUUGACUCGUGUAUGAAUGUGUAUGGACGGUACUUGGCCACAAUGACCAGCGAGAUGUUUACAAGUUGCGAUCUUUUGUAAUUCUCUGUAAAUCAAAUCAUUUACGCUCUUUGCAUUCCUGCCUACGCUACAAUGGAUUCAAGGCACUUUAUUUGUCAAAAAAAUAAAAAAACAAACCAGGUCACUUUAUCACAAUGCACAAACUUACAUAAAAAAAAAUAUCGAUUAUAUAUUAAUCUGUUACAACUAGUGUUUUUUUUUUUUUUUUUUGGUUAUGAUGCCUUUAUAGUAACUACAUUACGAGUACAAGUUAGCGAGCAUUCCUGCACUCACUAUAAAUAUUACACAGAAAUCUUAUUUAAACACUUUUGUGUGAUAAGUUUUUCCUCUGAACGUGUCUUAUCUGGUGUCACUUUGUACCUGAACGUCUUUGCUCUGGUAGAUGGUAGUCAUUUUACAAAUAAAGAAUCUAUUUUAA